AUGAUUGAGACCCAACUAGCACAACUUGCUAGCACUAUCAAAGAGAAACAAGUGCAUACAAGUCUCCCACCCCAAGGUCAACCUCCUAAGCAAUUGUAUGCAAUUGUGACAAGGAGUGGGAAGACAUUAGAUGAUAGUGCUACGCAUGUUGAAGCUCCUAGCUCUAGGGGUGAGAGUUCUAUGGGAAAUGAGUCCUCGGACAGUGAUGAUGCGGAAGAGAAGUCUCAUGUCGACGAUAUGAGUGAUGGUGAUAAGUCGAAGGAGACUCCUCUUCCUCCUCUCCCAACUCCUCCUCCCCCCUAUCCCCAAAGAUUUCAUAGGCACAAGUUAGAUGUGCAAUUCUCAAAAUUUCUUGAGGUUCUUCGACAAAUGUAUAUCACUAUCCCCUUUAAGGAUGCGUUGAAACAAAUGCCAACCUACACAAGAUUCCUUAAGGAAAUCUUGAGUGGGAAGCGAGAUUUUGACGUAAAGGAGACGGUGAACCUCACCGAAAAUUGUAGUGCUAUCAUCCUUAACAAAACGCCACCCAAACUCAAAGACCCGGGAAGUUUUUCUAUCCCUUAUGCUAUUAAUAAGGAGCUUGAAAUAAGAAAUGCCUUGUGUGAUUUGGGUGCUAGCGUUAGUAUAAUACCUUAUUCGGUGUUUUCCAAGCUUGAAGUUGGUGAUCUUGUCCCAACCAACAUCACCUUGCAACUUGCCGACCGUUCGGUCAAGUACCCUAUUGGCAAGGUUGAGGAUGUUCCCCUAGUUGUUGGCGAGCUUACUUUCCUUGUGGAUUUUGUCGUCUUGGACAUUGAUGAGGAUGCCCAUGCCCCUAUUAUCUUGGGGAGGCCAUUUGGCCACCGCGGGUGCUCUUAUCGAUGUGCAAGGGGGACUAAUCACCUUGAAAGCGGGAGACGCCAAGGCUAG